ACGACCAGACUACAGCCAUGAUGGAUGAUGAGCCAUGUGCCCAUGUGUGAUGUACUUGGUGAUAAUGAGGAGAUGUGACGCUGUGCUUGACGAUUAGGUCCUAACUUACUUGAAUUAAUCAAUUUCAAUUUUCUUUUCAGACACGACUUUUCCGUGUAACUUAGAAUUGCAAAACUCAAACACAAUAGUUAAAUUAAGUUGAACUCCCUUCAGACUUAAACAUUAUUUAACUAAAAUAACUUUGGUUGAACUUUUGUAGCCUAACAACGAAAAUGGAAACAGAUAAUCUUGCUCCCAAAUUUAUUCGCUUUUUGUUUUCAUCCAAACCUAAAUUCGACUGUUAUUUUAAAGUCGGGAAAGAAGGCCAGGAAAACCAGGAAAGGAUUGGAGCUGUCAAGUUGAUGUUGAUGGCUCACAGUGAAGUUUUCAGACUGGAGUUAGAAGACAGUGGGUUGGUAGAGAAGAAAGAUGUUCCUGUCAUAGACAUCCAUCCUGACACCUUCAAAGGAAUGUUGAAAUAUGUUUAUGGCUAUGACACUACUGCUACAAUGGCUUUUGAUGAGGCAGACGAUUUACUGUAUGUUGCGGAGAAGUAUUUAAUGAAACCUUUGAAAGACAGCCUCGCUGCCAGACUGAUGACACUUUUGAACAAAGACAACAUUUGUUCCUUGAUGAACAACCCUGCCUGUUACACUCAUCUGGAGUUGGACUCUGCCAUUACCAAGAUUUUGAGAUUCGAGACGGAUCAAGUGUUAGCAAGCCCAGAGUUUUUGUCAAUGAAUUCCGACAGUUUCCUCAAGAUUUUGGAACAGGACGAACUUGCAGUUCCUGAAAUAGAAUUGUGGAGAGCAGCGAUUAAAUGGGGACAACACAGAGCUGAGUCGGAAGAUGGACAGCUGGUCCGCCAACAACUCUCAGGGUUGACUCAACAGUUGAGACCUUACUCACUGACUCCGGAAGACAAAAUUGAAGUGAUUGGUUCUAAGAUUUUAGACAUAGAAGAAGUCUACAAUUUGUGUCAAAGUCAUUCUAAAAAGGAAACCCUUCUAACUCUUGGUCAGUUUUCAAAUGAGACUAAACCAAGGACAAUAGCAAAAACAGAGACAAAGACUGUCCCUGGUCGACUAGCAAUUAUUAUGCCAGAAAUGGGAUGGGACUACGGUUCAACUUACAAAUUUACCCUAAUUACCAAAAGCCAUGCAAUUGAGCUGUUACCACUAGAGUGUGAAUCACGUGAUCUUACACCAGGAGUCCCUGUAGAUAAUACAUAUGAAGUGAGCUGUUCAGCAACAAUAACAACUGAGUGGACCAACUUUGAUGUGUAUGAACCUGCGAUAAACUUGUAUUUCAGUAAGCAUGUCAAGUUUGAAGAGAAGUUUGAGAUUCCUCUGGCUGUUGAUGGGAGAAACAUAACCUUGAAGCCAAACACCAAGUACUCUGUCAAGAUGAAGGUGGAAGGAGCUCACAAUGUGAGUCACAGUAACACAGAGCCCAAAAUCGAAGAUGAUCACUUGAUUCUAAGAAUAUCUAAAGAUAACCGUCGGUACUACUUUCCCUCAGACAAGUUGAUGUACAGAGCAACAGCAGUGGAAUAAUGUCAUUCUAGAAAACAAUAGUUAAGGAGCUGUUGGGACUUAAAUACCAUUUGGGUGUGUGUGUGUGCAGAAAAUGCAUAUCUUUUUAGUUUACUAGGAUUUUCAUUUAACUCUGAUCGUUAAGGAAUUAUGUGCAUUUUGUAAAAUUCUUCUAAUCAAAAUUUAAAUAUUUGCAAAUUCGGUUAAAAGUAUAUUUGGUUAUGAGCAUAUAGUCUGUGUAAUAAAGGGCAAAAAUGUAAUUUUCAACAGAUUUUUUUAGUUUUAUCCAUGCUGCUGUAGAAGUGGAUGCAAAGAAUCUUGUCAUUAAGUGGAUUAAAAUAUAUUAUU